CAAGCCAAAAUUAUCUCUAGACAUGAAACUGAAGAAGCUUUUGAAGCGACUACCAAUUUUUGUUUUUUUCAAAAAAAGAAAAGAUAAAAAGAGAAGGCAUUGAAAAUACAUCAGGAAACAGAGGCUUCCCCACACCAUCCUCUCCCCACAAGAGAAUGAGCCCGUUCAUGUUCCUCUACCACCGAACAUACCCCGGCACCACCCCAUGCUAACGUGAGCCUCCUGAUUAUCCUGCGCCUUGCACACCCUUCACCAUCUUUUUUGUCUCUCUGUUCCCCCCCCCCCCCUUCAUAAGCUCCUCGUUAAUCGUUCUCUCUUCUCCCCUAUCAGACUCGGAGGAUCGGAGCAAGGUUGAAGGUUCCGGCGUUGGAGGUUUAGGGUUAAGGUUUCCGAGAGAUGUGGGAUGCUUCAGGCAUUGAUGAAUCUGAUCCCUCUGUGUUUGAAGCCAUUUGGGCGCGGUGCUGAUAAAUUCGAUUCAAUUGGAAUUAUUGGGAGCAGUUUUGGUGGAAGAGAAGGCAAAGACGGCUUGCUCUGGUUCCGCGACGUCGGAAAAUAUGGCUCCGGUGAUUUCUCGAUGGCGGUGGUCCAGGCAAACCAGGUUCUCGAAGACCAGAGCCAGAUCGAAUCUGGUCCUCUCGGCACCUUCGUCGGUAUAUACGAUGGUCACGGAGGACCCGACGCAGCGAGAUACGUAUGCGAUCACUUGUUUCACCAUUUUCAAGGUUCUUUAUUCGGAAUCCCCCUUAGCAGUAAUAGUAACUCAAUAUCGGCUGAGUCACACGGAAUUUUGACAACUGAGACUAUUGAAAGGGCAUUCCGUCAAACAGAAGAGGGGUACACUGCCCUCGUGUCAGACUUAUGGAGUACUCGACCUCAGAUUGCAAGUGCUGGGUCCUGUUGUCUAGUUGGACUGAUAUUUCAGCAGACACUAUUUGUGGCCAACCUUGGAGAUUCCCGUGUUGUGUUGGGUAAGAAAGUUGGCAACACUGGAGGUAUUGCUGCAAUUCAGCUGUCUACAGAACACAACGCAAAUCUUGAGGCUGUUAGACAGGAACUUAAAGAAUUACACCCUAAUGAUCCCCAAAUUGUUGUCUUCAAACAUGGAGUGUGGAGAGUAAAAGGCAUUAUUCAGGUUUCUAGAUCUAUAGGUGACGUUUAUAUGAAAAAGGCGCAGUUUAAUCGGGAACCACUUAAUCCAAAAUUCAGACUUCCUGAACCAAUGAACAUGCCUAUCAUGUCUGCAAAUCCCACUAUUAUUUCUCAUUCUCUCCAACCAAAUGAUUCCUUCCUUAUAUUUGCAUCAGAUGGUUUAUGGGAGCAUCUGAGUAAUGAAAAGGCUGUGGAUAUUGUCAACAGCAAUCCACGUGCGGGUAUUGCCAAGAGACUUAUCAAGGCUGCCCUCCACGAAGCAGCAAGAAAACGAGAAAUGCGAUAUUCAGACCUCCGUAAUAUUGACAAGAAGGUUCGACGCCAUUUUCACGAUGAUAUAUCUGUUAUUGUUUUAUUCUUAAACCACGACCUUAUAUCCAGAGGCGCAGCCCUAGACCCGCCCCUUUCACUUCGAAGCGCUCUCGAUCACUGACUUGUAUGAUUGUAGUAUGCAUGCUUGCACGAGUUUUUGGCAACUGUACCCAUACCACAAGAUACAUCCAUCAUUGCUACCUGGCUAGAAUAUCCCAUCGACAGAUGACAGUGCUGUGGCACGUUUGGCUUCUGGUACUGAGAUCAUUGAUGAGGCACGAGAAUUUAUUAAGUAAUAACGUUAUUAGAAAUUUAUACAUGAAGAGAAAAAAAAAAAAAUCAAAAAAUAACUUUUUAGUAUAGCGUUCCCCUUUUCUAACCUUAAUAGUUUUAUUCAAGUGCUGGAUUUAAAUUUUUCAU